AUGUUGGCCAAUCCAAUGUCCCAACUAGUCGACACCAAGCAAGCUACAAAGAUGACGAGAUCCUCGUAUCCGCAUUUGCUGCAUCGUGUCAAGACUUCUUUUGCAUCAUCAAAAACCAAAACCAUGGCUGCUCUAGUCGCUCUAAUGUUAUUUCUCGCUUUGAACCUCGUUCUGCUGGUGCUGGGCGUGAGCUCAAGAUACGUUUGGGGAUCUCAGAAAGAUCCAAGACUAAUCAUCGCGAAACAAGGAGCUGUUUCUUCUGAAAAUCCUAUUUGUAGCUAUAUUGGAACUGGCGUGCUGCAAGAGGGUGGAUCUGCAGUUGAUGCAGCAAUCGCUACGACGCUAUGUAUUGGUGUUACGAACUCGUACUCUUCUGGCAUUGGGGGUGGUGGAUUCAUGCUGGUUCGAAAUGCUGAUGGAUCUUCUGAAGUCGUUGAUUUCAGAGAAACCGCUCCUGCUGCUUCAAACAAGACCAUGUUUCAAAACAACCCAACUUCAUCUCGUAUUGGGGGAUUGGCUGUGGGAGUACCUGGCGAGAUUCGAGGAUUUCAGCUAGCUCAUCAAAGACACGGAAGGCUGCCAUGGGUGCGUCUCUUCCAGCCAUCCAUUCAAUUGUGUCUCGAAGGGUGGAAGGUCAACCAAGUGUUGGCUGCACGAAUCAAUACAUCUAUGGCAUGGAUACUCAAGAACCCAAACUUUAUGGAAGUUUUUGCACCAAAUGGAGUUGCUCUCGUCCAAGGCCAAACUAUUCGACGUACUCAACUUGGAUUGACAUUGCAGCAGAUUGCUAGAAAUGGGGCUGAUGUAUUCUACAAGGGUGAGAUUGCGUCGCAACUUGUUGCAGAAACACAGAAAGCAGGUGGCAUAAUGACCAUGGAAGAUAUGGCUAGUUAUGAAGCUGUCCUUGUGCCAACUCUAGUUGGAUUCUAUCAUGGUCAUCGUGUUUUGACGGUGCCUCCUCCAGCUAGUGGACCGGUUGUAUUAUCUGUUUUGAACAUUAUGGAGGGUUAUGAUCUGAAGUCUGAAGGUCGAACUUUUACCAACAUCCACAGGCUGACUGAGGCUUUCAAGUUUGGAUUUGCUCAGAGGAGCUAUUAUGGAGAUCCAAGUGAUAUCUCCAAUAUAACUAAAUAUGUUGAUGAGUUCGUCACGAAGGAACAUGCUGCUGAAGUUCGACUGAAUAUAACUGAUUCAACCACACAUAACGUAUCAUACUAUCAACCAGCCUAUGACAUUGAAGAGACCGCUGGAACAGCCCAUAUAUCGGUAUAUGCUAAUGGAGAAGCCGUCUCGAUAACUAGCACGGUUAAUCAGGUAUUUGGCGCUCAGCUGAUGAAUCAAGCUACUGGUAUUGUGCUUAACAAUGAGAUGGAUGACUUUUCUAUGCCUGAUUCGCCUAAUGGUGGCACCCAGUUCGGAUUGCCUCCAUCACCAUUUAAUUUCGUUGCACCAAACAAACGACCCUUGUCGUCAUGUGUGCCAACCAUCGUUGAAAAGAAUGGCAGAGUUGAAAUCGUUGUCGGUGCUAGUGGAGGCUCCUUUAUUGUGACUGCUACUCUUCAGACCAUCAUCAACAUACUGGACUAUGGACAAGACCCAUUAGAGUCUGUUUUGCAGCCACGCUUCCAUCAUCAACUAGUGCCAAAUAUCUUUUUGUCUGAGUUUGGAUUUCCAGAGGAUGUGAUUCUGAAUAUGCAACAUAGGAAUCAUAAUACCAGCAGUUAUCCUCUAUUCACCGGUGUUGAAACGAUACGUGUUUUAGAUGAUGGGCUAAUUUUAGCUUCUAGUGAUCCAAGAAAGGGAGGUCUUUCUGCCGGUUAUUAA